UUGAAAUCUAAUCCUCACCAGUUAGUGGCGGUAUUGCAUUUGAUGUUGUUUGACAACCGUCAGUAUAGCAAAACACCAGAAGAAGAAAACGACCGAGACAACGCCGACGAAGAAGAAGCAGCAGCCGAAUAAGAAAACGAAGAAGACCAACAGUUUGGCAAAGUCAAACCCCACUUUGGAUGGAGAGUGAUGGAGGAUGGAACUGCGUUGCGCGGCGUCUUACGCGGAAAAUAUUAUUACAAAAAACUUCCCGAUGGAACUUUGGAUAAAAAUAGGGUUUUGUGCAAUCUCUGCCACAAGGAGUAUGCUUAUCAGGGCCCCACUUCAUCCCUGCGGCGUCACAUAAGGUCAAAACACGGUAAUGGGAGCCGGGGUGCUAAUCCAGGCAGUAACGGUCCUCGCGCUGUCGUGCCCACAGAGCACGAGACCACAGGGGCCGUGGACCAAAUAAAUCUACGUCCGACAGAUGAACGGACUAAAGCACGUGAAUGGACCCAGGAAGACCUCCUGAAGCUUCUUGAGGCACUGAAAGCUGUCAUCCCUACGGAAGCUAGCAGGUUCUCCUAUCACAAAGGGCUGAAAGUUGUAGACUGGACAAAAGUGGCAUUUCCACCAUAUUCCCCGGAGCAAUGCCAAGAAAAGUGGACAUGCAUUUUGAAGAAGAUGAGCAAGAUUCGUAGCCUGCCUGAGCUAAUUGUUCAAGCUGAAGAAGUGAUUUCAGCAAAGGAGCUCCAUGUCGACGGUACUGAAGAUGAUGAUCUGCCUCCAAGGCCAAUUUCGAAUUGUUUCGCCCUCUUCUGCAAAGAGAUGUCCGAAGCCUCUAUACAUAAGCCAGGAAAAGAGUUUUUGGAAUGGCUGGCCAACCGCUGGCGAGAUCUGAGCGAAACAGAGAGGACAGAGUACAGAGCUCGCUGCACAGAGAGUAAGAAAGAGUACAUUAUCAAGCUGGAGGAAUAUCUCAAGAGGUUUGAUGAGGUGACGCAGCAGAAGAUCCUCAAGAGAAUAGAAAUGAAGAGGAAGAUGUCACAGAUACAGACGAAGAAAAGGAAAACUGAGCCCAGGAUGCCCUGCAGAGGUGUUAAUAAUGUUUUCCUUAAAGAGACGAUGGAACUUCUGAAGGACACGGUCCCAGUUCAGCAGGACCGGUUUGUGCAGGCAAACAAAAUGUGGCAUAACAUUUCUCCAAGGGAGAAGGAACUUUUAAAAGCUAAAGUCAAUCUAAAGAUGAAAAAAUACGCUGUGGAGCUGAAGGAGUGGUUUGAGACGCUGACAUCGAAAGAGCAGGAGGAAUAUCGCAAGUGUAACCCUUACAAAUCGAAAUUCCUUGAUGACAGACCGACGGGGAUGUCUUCAACAAACGGGAAAUCUCUGCAUCCGAGCCAACCAUCAGACUCAGAAGAUGAAGACAUGGUGGUCUGCGAUAGCAGCAGUGAUGAAGAUUUACACGUUUUGGACUUUGAUAAGGAGGAGGACCAGGAGGAUAACGAAGAAGAAGAGGAGGAUGAAGACGACAUUUUCAAGCUUUUUUAGAUGGGGAUGAGAUGGGAAGCGCUAGCGACGCAGAACUCCAUUUUCAUUUAACUUUAAAAUUGAAUCAAACUUACAGAGCAAAUACUGAAACUCAGCAAUACGCUCUGGUCUGUAGAUCCACUGUGUCAAAGGAGAAACGACAAACCCAAAACGCAAUUUACAGCUCCAACGUGUUGAUUGUACCUCUCCACCGGUGUAAAAACCUGUUCAUAGCGUGGAGUCCGCGGUGGAAAUGGAGGCGGUCAGAGAAAGGAUGCCCUCAAAGACCCAUGUUCCUGGAAAAGGUUCCUGUGUUCAGAGUACAGCCAUUGUUUGAACGCAGGAGGGCUUCAGGAAGGUGCUUCAUCCCCCAAUGACAUGCAUGCGUGGUAACUUUUUCAAAUGACCACAGUGUAUCAUAAAAACAGAUGACCCAAGUGGGGGAAUCAAAUAAUUCCAAGAGGCCCCACUCAAACCCACUGACACGGAGGAGAGCUGCAUUGUCCCUCUGUUCAGACUUGGUUUUGCACGUGAAGUGGCCUCCCGGUUAAAUCACCAUGACAAAGUCACAGCAGGCUUUUUUGUGUGUCAACGACGAUCACUUUUCCUAUUCUUCCAGGGGAUU